GUGCUCCGGCUGGAGCCGGUUUUGGAACCGUUCGUGGAGCCCUGCCAAGGGGGUCCUUCUUUGGCACUUUGGCACACAAAAUAGCUCCCAAAUCUAGCGAGACAGGGAGUCCUCUUCUUCCCCAGCUCACGUCUUCGGUCCCGUCCAUUUCCACGGCUCCGACCAACCCCAAUGCCCUCCAAACCCUAACCCACAGUCCCUGCCCCCGGUGGCGAUGCCGGAUCUGAGCACCGUCUACCUCCCUCCUUUUCCCGAACUUUCCGUCGACGCCGCGGGGGACCUCGCCGACGACCACGCCGGGGAUGCCGCCGCCGCCGCCGCAUCGAUCGACGCGGCGCCCGCGUCCGCGUCUUCGUCUGCCUCUGUGGAGGACGGCGGCGGCGGCGGCGGCGGCGGCCCCCUCAUGCUCCCAGUGGAAUGCCGGUGGAGCGGCCGUGUCCGCACCUUCGACAUGUCGGGCGCGGGCGGUGCGGUCGCCUGCCCCGCCGCGCGGCGCGGCGGCGGCGGCGGGAAGAAGCCGUCCUUUGCUCCGUCACCCGGUCCAUCGCGGACGCAGGCUCCAGCGCCGGGUAAGACGCUCGAGGAACGCGUGAGCGAGUGGGCAGCUAGGAAGGCAGCGGCCGGCGUCCCUGCCCACCACUGCGUGCUGCCUUUCCUCACCGGUGCGCCAAAGGCGGUCGAAUGCUGUUUGUGCUUCAGGAUUAUUUAUGCUGGAGAAAAAAUAAAUUGUUCAGUUAGGUGCUGUCCAGAGGUCUUCCAUCUUAACUGUGUUGUGAAAGGCACUUCAAACUUCACCGCUGAAAGCUUCAGGUGCCCUCAACAUGCCUGUAUGGUUUGUAAGCAAAAGAUGUUCUUUUGGCGCUGCGGGCGUUGUACAGUUGCAGCACAUACAAAAUGUGCACCAUGGCCAAUGAUUCAUCUAAAAGACGAUCGAGGAAGUGCAAUUUGCUGGAGGCAUCCUUCUGACUGGCUUCUGCAAAAUGAGAAUGCUGACUUUACCAACAGCAUAGAGGAAGUGUUUCACCGGCUACCUCUUCCAUAUGUUAAUGAAGACUUCAAUAUUGAUUCAACCAUUAGGGAUUUUGCUGAGGCUGUUUACAAGCCACCCCCCUAUACGUCCAUCAGGCGCAAUGUAUAUUUGAUAAAAAAGAAGCGCAUUGGUGUUCGUGCGGAUACUGGGUGCACGAACUGCCGAGCUGAUUCUAUUUGCAAAGAAGACUGUGAAUGCAGGGGUCUUUCGAUGAGUUGUUCCAAGAAUUGCCGCUGCUCAGAUCUCUGUACCAACAGGCCAUUCCGCAAGGAUAAGAAAAUUAAAAUUGUGAAGACAGAGCGUUGUGGAUGGGGUGCUGUUGCAUUGGAGCCAUUGGAGAAAGGUGAUUUUGUAAUUGAGUAUGUUGGUGAAGUCAUUGACGACGCGAUAUGUGAACAAAGGCUUUGGGAUAUAAGAGAUCGCGGUGACAAAAACUUCUACAUGUGUGAAAUCAGCAAAGAUUUUACAAUAGAUGCAACAUUUAAAGGAAAUGCAUCGCGUUUUCUAAACCACAGUUGUGAGCCCAACUGCAAACUCGAAAAAUGGCAGGUUGACGGUGAGACAAGAGUUGGUGUCUUCGCCUCUCGUUCCAUCAAAGUUGGAGAGCCCUUAACUUAUGACUACAGGUUUGUACAUUUUGGAGAGAAAGUGGAGUGCCACUGCGAGGCACCAAACUGCCAGGGCUACCUGGGCAACCAAAUAAAGAACCCAACUCAAAACGCUCUUGCAAUUAAAGAAGAGCUAGAGAAGUCACACGAACAUUCGCCCAUACAACACGGCAGCACUGCUUCAAUAUUGCACUCAAUGUCUCAUUUGUUACCUUGGACCAACCCCAACUGUAUAGAGGUCUCUUUUAACCUGAGAAGCAAAAGCAAAAUAACUCGGAUAUGCUGGGUCGGCAAGAGGAAGAGAACAUCCCUCGUGGCAUCUUACAACAAGCAUGGCAACGUCGGUGAGUGAAGUUCCUGCUGCGGAUAUCUGAUUGCCGUUCCCUUGGGGUUCCUGCUAAAACAGCAGGCAUAGGCUUGUCCUGUACAAUAAUUUCAUGGUACAUUCUUUAUAUGCAAUUGGUUUGAAACAAUUCUUUUACAUUGCUCAUAUGUGUUGUUACCUGCAACAUUCUUUAUUCAAUCUCAUAGGGAAUUCAGUCUGUUCGCAGUUGGCAGUUUGCUGAAAGCAUGUACUCAGAUUUUCUGAUGCAACUUGUUGUGGUUGUGGCUCGCUAUCCUUGUAUAUGAGAUGAUGUAGCAUACAA